GAGCUGUCCAUGAAGUCCAGAGACCUGAGAUAACUGAGUGUGGAGACGCAGGAACAGGAGAGAUAUUUCGUUUUUUUUUAAAUAAGACCUGUGAUUACAUACAUUCAGCCCUGGAGCUGUUGGACAGGAUGGCCUCCGGCGAGUGUCCCGAGAAGGCCAGUCAGAGCCGGGUGGACCACCUCCUCAGCGCCGUGGAGAGUGAGCUGCAGGCCGGCAGCGAGAAGGGAGACCCCACGGAGAAGGAACUCAGCGUGUCCCUGGAUGAGAAGACGCUUUGGCAGAAGUUUAAAGAACUUGUAAAUGAAAUGAUAGUUACAAAGAAUGGCAGGCGGAUGUUUCCGGUGCUGAAAGUGAACAUAUCUGGAUUGGAUCCGAACGCCAUGUAUUCAGUUUUGCUGGACUUUGUGUCUGCGGACAAUCACAGGUGGAAGUACGUGAACGGGGAGUGGGUCCCCGGGGGCAAACCUGAACCCCAGACCCCCAGCUGCGUGUACAUCCACCCGGACUCUCCAAACUUCGGGGCACACUGGAUGAAAGCGCCCGUCUCUUUUAGUAAAGUCAAACUCACAAAUAAACUGAACGGAGGAGGUCAGAUAAUGUUAAAUUCAUUACAUAAGUACGAGCCACGCAUGCAUAUAGUGCGUGUUGGAGGCCCGAGGAGAAUGAUCACGAGCCACGCUUUCCCAGAGACGCAGUUCAUUGCAGUAACGGCUUACCAAAACGAGGAGGUGACUGCUCUUAAAAUAAAGCACAACCCUUUUGCCAAGGCCUUCCUAGAUGCAAAGGAGAGAAGUGAUCACAAAGACAUGCGAGAAGAUGCCAAUGAAAACCAGCAGUCAACUUACUCUCCAUUAGGUGGUUGGUAUAUUCCAGGCACAAGCUCUCUCUGCCCUCCUGUGAGUCCUCACAGCCAGUUUGGGGGUCCCAUCUCCCUCUCGCCAUCCCACGGCUGUGAGCGCUACUCCACCCUGAGGAACCACCGCUCUGCCCCCUACAGCAGCCCCUAUGCCCAUCGAACCAACUCGCCCAUUGGUUACUCUGAUAACUCGUCCGCCUGUCUGUCGAUGCUCUCACCCCACGACAACUGGUCCGGUCUGCAGUUGCCAACACACUCCAGCAUGAUGCCCAUGGCCCACAAUUCCCCUUCCGGUACCAACUCAAGUCAGUACACCAGCAUGUGGUCUGUGAGUAACCCGCCCCUGACCCCCGUGUCCCAGAGUGAGGGGAUGAACAACAGCCUGAGCUCGCAGUUCCUCCGAGGGUCCGGCAGCCACUACCCCGGCCUGUCUCACUCCGUCACAGCGCCCUCCUCUGGCUCUCCUAUGUACGACAGCGGCCCAGCCACGGAGCUGCACGACACGGCUCAGUACGACACCUCUCCACACGGGAGGCUACCUUCAGCCUGGACUCCUGUCACACCCCCGUCCCUCUGAUGGAGGUGCAUGUGUCAUCAAGUGAUGUCUGCAGGAGGCUUGGCAGGCUGUAACUUUAAAGCAGCAAAUAAGUAUUUGUUCCCAAAUCAAUUGGCAAAAGACUGUUUUCAAUUAUGUGACACUACAAUCAAUCUAUAUGGAAAAAAUGUCCACUUCUUAAUUGGUACUAUUGAGAGAGACUUCGAAUUAUUGAAGGAGCUCUUUAAAAAUGUGCUUUGCUCUCUAUAAAUUACAGUGUAUUUUUUGUUUUUAACAUAUGUUUACGUUAUUUCCUUUUUUUUCCUUUUCAUUUUGUAAAUGUUUUUGUUUAGCAUAGCAUGAAACAACAUAUUCUUUUAAUGUUUGUGGGCCAAAAUCCCUUUAUAAUCUGCUUAUAUUAAGCAUAACUCCAUGAUAUUCACAGCAGAAGGCAUGAAGAUGACAAUGUCGAAGGAUUUUUAACAUUGUUAAUAGUGUAAAUGAUUAAAAUAAUUUUGUUUUACAAUGUAAAUAGAUAACUUAUGCUCUCACAAUGACGCCAUUUGAGAUAUUAUGUUCCAGGUUAUUUUAAAAAUUAAAUGAAAAAUGGAUCAAUGUUAAUAUUCUGCAAUGCAGACAAUAUACAACUUUCCAGAUCAUUAAAAAAACAUCAUUGCACAAUUCACUACUUUUUA